UCAAUAGCUCUACUGACAUUGCCUUCCAUUUGACUGUAGCUUUGAGUAAUCAAAGCCUCUUUAUUUCUUUUUCAUUGGUUAGCUCAUCAAAUUUCUGCAUAUUGAUUCUUCAACUUGUAAAAGGAUUAUCAUAUAAACACUUCAUCAGGCUAAUUGUUGUUUCUCAUAAUUUGAUUAGGCAUAAUCCUAAUUUCUUAUUAGGCAUAAUCUGAGGAAGCAAUUUGAACCUUGUAUUUGAACAUUUUUGAAUUUAUUUUCCCUUUGCGUCUUUGCCAAAAAUCCUGGGUCUGCCACGGCUCCCAUUAUGUACAUUUUUAUCCGUUUAUGGUGGAUCUGGUAUUGAUAAAAUUAUCAAAUAAAAACAACAAUUAAUUUAAAUAUUUAAUUAUGUAUGAGUGUAGUUGGAUUUAGUUUAAUUAUCUUGUAUUUUGAAUUUUGUGUAUUUAUGUACCCGCAAAAAUUGGAUGGAGAUUCCAAUGCCCGAAGUGGAGCGCGCCGCUAAUAAGUAAUGUGAGUAGAACAUGACACCAUUUACUCUCUCCCUUGAGCUGAAGCGGACUAUCCAAAUUACAAAGCGUGAUGAUGUUGACUAGCCGUUCUAUACUCUCUCACCAUCGAUCCUCCUCCUGCUUUCGCUCUCUUCCUCAGCUUGCAUCUUCUUCUCACUUGGCUUUCCCCACUUCUUCCCCUACACCCUAUAUGGAAUCAGAAUCAUCGGCGCCUUCACUUUUGGUGUUAUGCGGGAAAUCUGCAGCUGAGAAUGAACUGGCCAAGUCAUUGAAGAAUAACAAUGCUAUGAAACUCCUUGGGGACGAUCAAUUCGAAGUUGUUUUGCAUCCGGAGGUCGAAGAUAGCCUUGGAAACGAAGGGUUUCGCAUUAGAGAUUACUUUAAAUCCCUUUUGACGAUGAGCCUCGGGAGGUUCCUUGUUUACUCUCCUAGAUUGCCUUCAACACAGGAUGUCGUUGCACGAAAUUUCUGUGAGCUGCCAGUUGGUGCAGUGUGUGUCGCUGAUGUGCAAUUCAAGGGGCGAGGUCGUUCAAUGAAUGUGUGGGAAUCACCAAAGGGUUCCCUUCUAUUUUCCUUUACCUUACAAAUGGAAGAUGGACGAAUAGUGCCACAUGUUCAGUAUGUAGUCAGUCUUGCCAUGACAGAUGCUAUUAAUGAUCUCUGCAAGCAAUAUGGUAUACCACAUCUUGAUGUAAGAAUAAAGUGGCCAAAUGAUUUAUAUUUAGGUGGCCUUAAGGUUGGUGGCAUUUUGUGCACUUCAACAUAUAAGUCACAGAAGUUUAAUAUCAGUGCUGGAAUAGGCAUAAAUGUAGAUAAUGAAAAGCCCACAACAUGCUUGAAUACUGUUCUGCAGAAAUCAACUUCUGUUCCAAACAUAUUUAAAAAGGAAGAUAUUAUGGCAGCCUUUUUCAAUAAGUUUGAGACCUUCAUUGAUGUUUUCUUUAAUCAAGGAUUUCAGCCUCUUGAGGAGUUGUACUACAAGACUUGGCUCCACAGUGGACAACGAGUUAUUGUACAGGAGAAAACUGAAAACCAGGAUCAGUUUGUAGAGAAUGUAGUGACCAUUCAGGGCUUAUCAUCCUCAGGUUACUUAUUAGCCAUAACCGAUGAUGGUCAAACAUGUGAACUUCAUCCCGAUGGCAACAGUUUUGACUUCUUCAAGGGACUUGUGAGAAGGAAAUUAAGUCAAUAAAGAUCUUCCCUGUGUCCAUGAAUUUAGCCUUAUACCCUUCCUGCCGAAUGAGAUCUAGUCUCCCUUAUUCGGGUAAAGCUUCAUGAAAGUUUUUAUAGUUCGCUGAAGAGUGGAAACAAAAUUUCAAUAUUUGUAUUUGAAAUGCGUUGUUUUUUUUUGUUUUUUUUUUUUUUUUUAGACUUUGUAGUCUAGUGACCUGAGAAUAUAGAUUAAACCCCACUCUCUUGGGAUGUACUAAAAAGAAUCUGAAUAUUUUCUGUA